AUGCUUUCGGCCAUAUACGCUAGGAUUGAAUACUAUGUCGCCUAUUAUCCUGGGACAGCACUACUGUUGACCAUUGCUGUCUGCAUAUCAACUACAUUCUUUGUUAUCAGCGAAAUAUUCGUGCCAGUGGGCAAACGACGACCACCACCAGGGAAAGAAUGGCGCUUGCCCCCAGGCCCAAAAGGAAUCCCCAUAUUUGGAAGCCUGCUGGAUCUCAGAUCAGCGCGCGAUGAUCCCGACUUCAAGAUGCAUCAAGACCUCGCCCGCUACGGUGAGAUGACUACGUUACAUCUGGGAUCUAAGACUUGGAUUCUUCUCAACAGUCAGCGCGUCGUGAGUGAGAUUAUUGCCAAGCGAGGCUCUUUAACAAAUGGCCGCUCGCCAAUGCCAAUUGCAAGUGGGAUAGUCAGUCGCCAUAGUCGAUCAUUGUUACUUCCACCUGACGGCUGGACUGAGAAGCGUCGUGUCAUGCACUCCUUGCUCAGCGGCACUGCCCUGAAACAAUACGCUGCCUGGCAAGAACUUGAGAGUACUCAGCUUCUGGCUGAAUAUCUGUUCCAACCUGAAUCGUGGUAUCGACAUCACUAUCGCUACGCGAAUUCGGUGAUCCAUCGUAUUGCGCUUGGUGAGCGAUUGGUCAAAACAGGUAAAGAGCUUGCGGAUCUUCAAGACGUGGUGACCCAGUUUGUCGGUAGCAUCGGAUCCAGCUUGAUUGACUGGUUUCCAAAGCUAGACGCUCUUCCGAAAUCUCUUCAAUUAUGGCGCGGAUACUGGGAGAAGUUCGAUCAGUGGAAUAAUGGGGUAUAUCGUUCAUGGUGGGAGCCAGUUCGUAAGCAAAUCGACGCAGGUAUUGCACCACCGUCUUUCGUCCGGGAUGUCCUUCUCCACGAAGAAACAAAGUUCACUGGUAAUGAUGAAGAGGCCAUGUAUGUGGCGAUGCAGCUUAUCGAGGCUGGUAGUGAUACCACACGCGAGGCGUUGAACAUUUUUGUGAUGGCCGGUCUCUGCCACCCAAAGGUUUUUCAAAAAGCGCGUCAAGAGGUUGACAGUAUUUGUGCGGCUGAAGGGGGCGCUUUAAGGCUUCCGAUAAUGACGGAUAUGGAGCAAAUGCCCUAUAUUUGUGCACUGAUCAAAGAAGUCCUGCGGUGGAGGCCAAUUUUUCCCUUUACCCCGGAUCAUGUUCUUACGUCAGAUAUGGAAUUUGAGGGUUAUCACUUCCCAGCUGGCGUGGGAUUCGUCAUAAACGGUAUCCCAGUCUGUAAUGAAUGUGAAGAUCCGGGCAAGUUUAAGCCAGAAAGGUGGCUCGAUGGGCACGAGACCGACAUAGCACACGGACUGUGGCAGUUUGGAGGAGGGCGGCGUAUUUGUGUUGGGUAUCGUCUCGCGCAGAGAGGUCUUUUCCUUAAUGUUGCCCGGCUGGUCAUGUGCUUUGAUUAUGCACCGCUGUGGAAUAUGGUCUGA